GGCUGAAAUGAAUUUUUGAAAAAAUUAUCGAAGGGCUAGAUGUACACAUAUUCACAUCAAAUUCACAAACUACAACACUUUCUUCUACCCUCUCUCUGUGUGUUUUCAAGGUCUCAACGGCUACAAUGGCUGCUACGAGAUCACUUCUUCUUUCUUUGUCUAUUCUACUUCUACUUUGCUUCAACGCUUCUUGCAAAGAUACCCUUGAUCUUGAUGAAGAAGAUCUUAGUUUCCUCGAGGAAGACGAACACGACGCCGCCGAAUCAUCCCUUCACGGUUACGAGGACCAUGAUUUCGAGAACUAUGAUGAUUUGGAUGAUUUCGGAGACGGGGAGGGAGAAUACCCAGAUUCAGAAUCGGCUCCCGAAGCUGAGAUCGACGAGAGUGAUGUAGUCGUGCUAAAUGGGUCAAAUUUCAGUGAUUUCUUGGAGAAAAAUAGGUAUGCCAUGGUGGAGUUUUACGUGCCGUGGUGUGGGCAUUGCCAAGCUCUGAAACCGGAGUAUGCGGCGGCGGCGACGGAGUUGAAGACGGAUGAGGUAGCGCUGGCGAAGAUGGACGCUGGAGAGGAGACUGAACUGGCCCAAAAGUACAAUGUUGAAGGGUAUCCUACUGUGUUAUUCUUUAUUGAUGGUGUUCAUAAGCCCUACAACGGUGCGAGGAACAAGGAUGCUAUUGUGACUUGGGUGAAGAAGAAGAUUGGUCCUGGUCUACACAAUUUGACCACAACCGAGGAAGCCGAAAGCAUAUUAACCAGCGAAUCACCAGUAGUUGUGGCCUUUGUGGAAAAUUUAGUGGGUCCAGAUAGUGAAGAACUUGCUGCAGCUUCAAAACAAGAAGAUGAAGUAAGCUUCUACCAAACAUCCAGUGCUGAUGUGGCAAAGCUUUUCCACAUUGACCCAAAAGGGAAACGACCAGCUUUGGUAUUGGUAAAGAAGGAAGACGAGAAAGUUAGCCACUUUGGGGGUCAGUUUGUAAAUUCAGCAAUAACAGAGUUUGUCUCAAAGAACAAGCUCCCUCUUGUGAUUUACUUCACUCGUGCAAGUUCUUCACAAGUAUUUGAGAACCCAAUCAAAAAUCAGGUGAUUCUUUUUACUACUUUGAAUGAAACCGAGAAGUACCUUCCUAUAUUCCAAGAAGCAGCAAAAUAUUUUAUGGGAAAGGCUCUUUUUGUAUACGUUCCAAUGGACGAAGAAGAUGCUGGUAAACCAGUUGCAGAAUACUUUGGCAUUGAAGGAAGUGCUCCAAAAGUUAUAGCGUUCACUGGAAAUGAAGAUUCCAGAAAGUUCUUUUUGGAAGGAGAAUUGACUUUGAACAACAUCAAGUCAUUUGGUGAAAAUUUCCUAGAAGACAACCUCAAGCCCUUCUACAAGUCAGAUCCAAUCCCCAGAGACUGUAAGUAUUUCUAUCUUUUUGGACGAGUCAAAGGAUGUUCUUCUAGAGAUAUACGCGUCAUGCCAAAAUGGAUGGGCACCACAAAUGAACACCCUCGUGCCAAGUCCGAUGGAUUCCCGACUCUUCUUUUCUUCCCGGCUGGCAAUAAGAGUUUUGACCCGAUCACAGUUGAUACAGAUAGAACAGUGAAAGCCUUCUACAAGUUUCUCAAGCAACACGCAGCCAUUCCUUUCAAGCUCCAGAAACCUGAGUCGACUCAGAAACCCGAAACUGAGUCAACUCAGAAACCCGAGUUAACACAGGAAAGUAGCAAUCAAGAUCUGAAGGAUGAAUUAUGAUUUAUGAGGUUUUCCAUAUCUUCUAACUUCAAAAAUUAGCAUAUGUUGUUGCUCUACCAAAAUCGAAUAAUGUAGUGGUCAAAGUUCGAAAGUCAAAUUUUCA